AUUGUGAAAUAAUCGCUGUUGAAGUAUUUCUAGAAUGUUGUAACUAAUUGACAUACAGUCCAGGGCUGACAAAAUGCUGGACAAACUGAGCAAGGUGCAUAAAGGAGCUAGAGGAAUUGCUAUGGCAACCGUUGCCUGUUAUGGUCAGCGGCUAAAGAAAAGAGAACAACUUUUGCGCCGCAUAGAAGGCACAUUGAAUUGCACGAAUCGCAAAGAUGACUCUCUAUUUUGAUACAAAAAUCGAGUUCCUCGACUCGGAUGCGGUGAGCACCAUAAGCAGCUGGCAUCCAAAUGAACCGCUCUUUGCCGUUGCCUCCUACAGUCACGAGCGCGGCGGAAGUGUCACCAUAUUCGCGGAUACGGGUGAACCGCAACGGGAUGUCACAUAUCCAGUUCAUGCCACUUCACAGGCAACGGCUCUGUGUUGGCAUCCGGAGAAGGCGCUCCUGGCCACUGGGUGGGAGCAUGGCGACAUACAUGUGUGGUUUGCCGGCCAUCGUGAGUUCGCAACCGUUAGUGGUCCCCACAAGGCGCCCAUUGUGCUGCUAGAGUUCAGCGAACAAGGCGGCCGCAUGGUUACAGCGGAUGCCAUGGGAUUGGUAACCGGUUGGCGCUGUGAUGGCCAAUACCAGUUUCUCACCAUGUUCUCGCAUGAUCUACGCGAGGCUCUGCUAUUGAUCUGCUUUCGCCGCACUGUCGAGAGCGAGGUGCGUGAGGAGAUGGCCAGUCUGGCCAAGGCAGCGGUAGCUGGGGACGAGAAUGCCCUGGACACGCUCACCAACUGGCGGCCACGCACUGCCGCACGUGGUCAUGCAGGUGUGCAGGACAACCACUGCUUCUAUGCGUGCACGCAGGGUGGUGUCGCCUACUACAUAAACCAGGGCGGCACCUGCACCGAGGUGAUGAAGAGCGGCCCUCACCAGCCAUCCAUUCUGCAGAUGCUGUGGCAUCCCAAAAAAGAUGCAGUUAUCUGUCUGAUGGAUGACUUGACCAUUACGCUGUACCUUGUGGAAUCCACGGGCAUUCUGACAGAACUGGAUCGCGUUAAGUUGAGUGGACGUGGCACUAACAAAAACGGUGCCAUUGCCUGGGCAGGCAACAGCUUGGCCAUUAUCACCGGCGAUCUGACGGUGCGCAUUUGGGACAUCGAACGCAGUGAUAAUUAUCUGCUCAAGAUGAAUUUACCCAGCUACAGUCUUGCACGCAUGAGCUCAUCUAUGUCGUCUAGUCAGAGCAAUCUAGUAAUGACAGCCACCUCUUCAUCCAACAAUAAUGCCUUCUUUAGCCAGGAUAGCAGUGGCGAGAGCAACGUUAAUAAUUUGCCCAGGAAGAUAUCGAAAUAUUCGAAGCUCUCCACCGGCGAAUCGUUCACCUGCCUUGCUUACAGCACCAGCAAUCAAACGCUGUGCGCUGCAACGAAUCUGGGAAAUCUGUAUACAUGGAAGCGUUCGGUGAGCUGCUUUGUCAGCGCUCCCGAGGAUGCCUGGCAGUUGGGUAACAUAUCAACGCUGUCGCGACAGGGCGCAGUCAAGAGCUGCACUUGGGGCUACAAUGAGCUAACGAAGCCCUGCAUUCUCGUCAAUUGUUUGUCGAGUGUUUUUAUGCUCAAGGAGCAGCCACUUCUGGCGAGUCACACGCGAACCUUGUGGGCACUGCAGUGCUCCGCCAAGAGUGUCCAGUUGACGCACUGCAGCGGACGACAUUGCACGGUUCAAGCGGAUUUUGCAGUGACGGCCUUGGCUCUCAACGAACUCAGCUUGGUUGUGAGCAAUGGUCGCUCCAUCUCCUCAUACAGCCUGCAGAAGAUCGAAAAGAGUUUGGAUGAGUUUGAUGAAAUACUGGAGGCAUCCGGCGCUGGUUCCGCUGCCUCCGUAAAGAGCUCCCCGGCGCUGAAUGUGAAGCUCAUGCAAACGUUUCAAGCCGAGUGUUUGACUCUCUGUCUGCACAAUCAGAACAUCUUCUGUUUGACCAGCAGCGAUAUUGUCAUCUAUUCCGUUGGAGGCGUCGUUCUGCACCGGAUUCUCGGCAAUGAUAUUGAGGGCAAGAUCAUUGGAAUGGAUUUGACAGCCUGCUAUUUGACCGUAUUUACCAUGAAUGGUUAUGUGAAAGCCUAUGAUGUGACCCGACAUGAUCCCAAGCUAUUGUUUCCCAGCAAAUCGGGUCACGAGAUAUUCGAUGACUUUGGCGAAUUUAUUCUGGCCAAGUGCAAUAGUCUGGGCAGUCACCUGGCAUUGGUCAUUGCCAAUAGCAGCUUUACGCCCUCCGCUACCGUCUACUGCUGGGACUUUGAGCGUAACAAUCUCUUCGAUCAUCAGCUGGGUAAGGACGAGCAGGAAACGGAGAAAGAUGCAGGCGCCAAGUCAAGUUUGCCUGUACGCAUAGUCUGGGACACGGAGGAGCCACGUCUGCUGGCCGUCGAGAUCAAAUCGAUGAUUAUGUUGACACAAAAACCGAGUCGCCAGCAGCCUACUCACUACGUGGAGUCCCAGGUGCUCGUCAUGUUCUAUUCAGAGAAGAGCGAAGGCAAACUGAACGUGCUGGAAACUCAGGAUCUCUCUACCGGAUCACAACUUUUGAAUCUCUGUGUGCCUAGCGUUGUCUGUCUGCAGGUGAACACUGUGAAGGAGCAGCCGCUGAAGGAUUUCACGGAUCUGCAGCAAUGUGAUGCCAACACGAGGAGACAGGUGCUCAAUUUUAGUUUGCAUGUGGCCGAGGGUCAAAUGGAUUUGGCUUUUCGUUGCGUACGCUCGAUCCAAUCGAAGGUGAUUUGGACGAAUCUGGCCAAGAUGUGCGUGCACACGAGUCGCCUGGAUGUGGCCAAGGUGUGCAUGGGUCACUUGGAGCAGGCGCGAUCGGUGCGUGCCCUGCGGCAGGCAAUGGAAGAUGAUGAUCUUGAACCGGAGGCUAAGGUUGCUGUACUCGCCAUCGAGCUGGGCAUGGUCGAGGAGGCUAAACAGCUAUAUAAACGCUGCAAGCGUUUCGAUCUCCUCAACAAGCUGCUCCAAGCCACCGGGCAGCUGGAUGAGGCGCUUCAGGUAGCGGAAUCCGAGGAUCGAAUACAUCUGAAGCACACUUAUUAUCAGAAGGCGCAGGCACUGCGUGAUCGUGGUGACAUCCAGGGUGCUCUGGAGUUCUACGAGAAGACCCAGAAUCCGGUGCAGAAUAUCACACAACUAUUGCUGGAGAACCCCAUGGCCAUGAAGCGCUAUAUACAGACGACCACCGACCCGAAGCUGCUCAAGUGGUGGGGCCAGUAUGUAGAGAGCUCUGGGGAUAUGGAUGCGGCUCUGGCAGUCUACAACAAAGCCGAGGAUUGGUUUUCGCAAGUUAAGAUACUCUGCUAUCUGGGCAAAAUAUCGAAAGCGGAUGCAAUAGCUCGGCAGUCUGGAGAUCGGGCAGCCUGCUAUCAUCUCGGCAGACACUACGAGAAUGUGGGCAAGUUCCAGGAGGCGAUAAUGUUCUAUACGCGCGCACAGACGUUCAGCAAUGCGAUACGCAUCUGCAAGGAGAACGACUUUCAGGAAGAGCUCUGGACAGUGGCCAGUUCCUCUCGAAGCAGGGACAAAGCCAUUGCGGCUGCUUACUUUGAGGAGUGCGGUAACUUUAAGUAUGCCGUGGAGCUAUAUCAUCGGGCGGGCAUGCUUCACAAGGCGUUGGAAAUGGCAUUUGAGUCGCAGCAGCCGGAAAUACUCGAGAUUAUAGCCAGCGAACUGAAUGCAGAGUCGGAUGGGGAGUUAAUUAAUCGCUGUGCUGAUUUCUUCGCCAGCAUUGAGCAGUAUCAAAAGGCUGUCCAGCUGCUGGCCAAGACCAAGCAUCUGGAGCGCGCACUGGGCAUUUGCCUGGAGAAGGGUGUACCUGUCACCGAGGAACUAGCUGAUAUGCUAACGCCCAGCAAGGAGGACUUUGAGGAGCUCACACGCACUGGUAUUCUCAUCCAGCUGGGUGAGCUGCUUCAGCAGCAGGGCGACUAUCACAGCGCCACCAAAAAGUUCACCCAGGCGGGUGAUAAAGUGAGAGCCAUGAAAUCUUUGCUGAAGUCGGGCAACACUGACAAGAUCAUCUUCUUCGCCUCGAUGUCGCGACAGCGUGAGAUCUACAUAAUGGCGGCCAACUAUCUGCAGGCUCUCGACUGGCAGAGUGAUUCGGGCAUUCUCAAGCACAUCGUCAGCUUCUAUAGCAAGGGACAGGCUUAUGAUUCGUUGGCCAAUUUUUAUGCCAUUUGCGCUCAGAUCGAGAUUGAGGAGUAUCAGGACUAUGAGAAGGCUCUGACGGCCAUGCAGGAGGCAGCCAAGUGUCUGGAGAAGCUAAGUCACGCCCAGCACGCCUACAACAAUCUGCAGCGUACCGUUGCAGACGUCAGGAGCAUCCUGGAGAUGCAGCAGGCUCUGCGUGCCGGCGAUAAUCAGGCCGUUAUUGGCUCCUGUCGCAGUAUGCUGAUUAAACCCGAGCAGCCGCCAAUUCGCCACUCCCACAUUCUGGCCAUGCUGGUGCGUGCCCUGGUCUACGCCAAGCAGUUUCCCGAGGCGGGACGUGCACUCAAGGAACUGGCCGUAAAGGACAAUUCGUGGAGUGCCUCUGGCUUAGUGGAUAGAGCGCUGGUUCAGCGCGUUGCCAAGGAAUGCGAUUUGGACUUUGAUUUAAUCUGGAACUCGGGACGUCAAGUGACCGCCUCCACAACGGCAACGGCAGCCACAACUAUAACGAUGACGACAACUCCAACGGCGACCAGCGAUGACGAAGCGGAUGAUGAGGAAAUCAGAGAGGAACUCCACUGAACUGACGCUAAUCAUUGAUCCAACACUCAGCAAUUGCUAUGAGUAACGAGAGCUAUUUUAAUCUGUAGACCUAGUUAACCUAUAUUAUGAUUUACUCAUUGGGUCCCUUUCGAUCUGGACUUGCUUUAAAUCAGAAUAGUGAAAGUGAUGAGAAAUAAAAUGUUUUUCUUUAUGAAUUCAACCCAA